ACAGACACAAGCACCCUUCACUUAUCAGACGGACGCCGGUGAUAAGAGCCACGAGCGAGCUAGCGAGCUAGCCUCCGUCCGCGUCGCACGCACUACACGACACCGCCGCGGUAGAGGAGGCUGUGCUUGCCGGUGCGGUGCAGUGCCAUGCCGGAAGCGCCGAUGGCGGCGGGGGCGGGGGCGGGGGACGGAGUCUCCUGGGAGGAGGCGCACCGCCAGGUGCUCGACCUCAUCGAGCGCGUGACCCGGUGCGCCGGGGAGAUACAGCGCCAGGUGCUGGUGGAGAUCCUGGCGCAGAACGCGCCGGCCGAGUACCUGCGCCGCAUCGGCGUCCCGGGCGCCGCCCCCGGCGCCGACGACGCGUUCCGCCGCCUCGCGCCGCUCACCACCUACGAGGACAUCCUCCCCGACGUCAUCCGCAUCGCCAACGGCGACUCCUCGCCCAUCCUCUCCGGCAAGCCCAUCCGCGAGUUCCUCACUAGCUCCGGCACGUCGGGAGGGGAGCGGAAGCUGAUGCCCACCAUCGAGGAGGAGAUGGACCGCCGGUCCAUGCUCUACAGCCUGCUCAUGCCGGUCAUGAGCCAGGCCAUGCCGGGGCUGGACAAGGGCAAGGCCAUGUACCUCUACUUCGUCAAGGCCGAGUCGCGCACGCCGGGCGGGCUGCCGGCGAGGCCCGUCCUCACCAGCUUCUACCGGAGCCGCCAUUUCCUGGAGCGCCCCCACGACCCCUACACCGUCCACACCAGCCCCGACGAGGCCAUCCUGUGCGUCGACGCGUACCAGAGCAUGUACGCGCAGCUGCUCUGCGGCCUCGUCCACCGCGCGGACGUGCUCCGCGUCGGCGCGGUCUUCGCGUCCGGGUUCCUCCGCGCGAUCCACUUCCUCGAGAAGCACUGGGAGCGUCUGUGCCGGGACAUCCGCACCGGCGAGCUGGACGCGGAGAUCACCGACUGUGCCGUGCGCGCCGCCGUCGGCCGGGUUCUCCGCCCGGACCCGGCCCUCGCCGACGCGAUCGAGGACGCGUGCAAGAGGUCGUCGUGGAAGGGCGUGAUCCGGAGGGUGUGGCCCAACACCAAGUACAUAGACGUCAUCGUCACGGGCGCCAUGGCCCAAUACAUCCCUACCCUCGACUACUACGGCGGCGGCCUGCCUCUGGCGUGCACUAUGUACGCCUCCAGUGAGUGCUACUUCGGCCUAAAUCUGAACCCGAUCUGCAGUCCAGCCGACGUCGCCUACACGCUGAUCCCGACAAUGUGCUACUUCGAGUUCCUCCCCGUCCAAUCCGGCAGCAGCGCCGCCGCCGGCGAGCCGGACCACCGGGACCUCGUCAACCUCGUCGACGUGAAGCUCGGCAAGGAGUACGAGCUAGUCGUCACCACCUACUCCGGCCUGUACCGCUACCGCGUGGGCGACGUCCUCCGGGUGGCGGGGUUCAAGAACGCGGCGCCCAUGUUCAACUUCCUCCGGCGGAAGAACGUGGCGCUGAGCGUCGACGCCGACAAGACGGACGAGGCGGAGCUCCACGCCGCCGUGAGCAGCGCCGUGCAGCACCUGGAGCCGUUCGGCGCGUCGCUCGUGGAGUACACGAGCUACGCCGACGCGAGCACCAUCCCGGGCCACUACGUGCUCUUCUGGGAGCUCCGCGCGGGCGGCGGGUCCACGACCCCGGUGCCGGCGUUCGUGUUCGAGGACUGCUGCCUCGCCGUGGAGGAGUCGCUCAACAGCGUGUACCGGCAAUGCCGCGCCGCCGACCGCUCCGUGGGGCCCCUCGAGAUCCGCGUCGUCUCCGAGGGUACGUUCGACAAGCUGAUGGACCUGGCGCUGAGCCGCGGCGCGUCGAUCAACCAGUACAAGGCGCCGCGGUGCGUGCGGCCGGGCCCGGUGGUGGAGCUGCUCGACGGCAGGGUGGAGGGGAGGUACUUCAGCCCCAAGUGCCCCAAGUGGAGCCCCGGGAGCGCGCAGUGGACCGGCGGCCAUGGCAAGACGCUGAGCACCAGUUAGUUCAUGGGGUACAUCGAUCGGAGUUGGUUAAGGUAAUUAAAAUCGGUGGAGCGGCUAGUUAAUUAAGAUAAGAGAGGGAGAAAGGACGUGGUGGCCGAGUCUUGAUCGGAGACUGAUGGACGGUGAGUGAUCAGGAGCUGAGCCACACUACUAGCAGUACCAUAUAAGUCUCCAAUGUUUGUUUAAUUAGCUAGCUAGCUAAUCAUGGAGUGUCAGCUUAGCUAGGACGUAUCUAUGGUUUUUGUUUCUUUCUCUUUAUGCCUUUUGUAAUAAAGUAGUUGUAGCGGCUGUUGUUUUUUUGUUUCUUUGUCAUUUUUGGGUAAUGUAGUAGACGCUCGAUUUGUAAAUGUAAGUCGUCGGUCGUUAGUCUUUAUGAUUAUGGACGCACAGAACAUGUCAUGUGCUACCCAUUUUAUGCUCCUGCCAAGUUUAAUUUUUGCUUU